ACGGCUGCAGCACAGCACAAAAGCGGAAGUGCUCUGAGCCAGGGGUAACCGCAGGAAACACGGCACUGUCACGGACAUGAUCUGGUGGAGAUCCGCCUGCUAACCCGACACGGUUGGCCCACCCUGAUACACUUACACUCAGGGAAACAUGGGAGGCUCUCAGAGCGUCGAGAUACCAGGCGGGGGAACCGAAGGCUACCACGUCCUCCGGGUGCAAGAGAACUCCCCUGGUCACCGUGCAGGACUGGAGCCAUUUUUUGAUUUCAUCAUUUCCAUUUGUGACACUAGACUGAACAAAGACAACGACACCCUAAAAGAGAUGCUGAAGAUGAACGUGGAGAAGCCCAUCAAGAUGCUGUUAUACAACAGCAAGACGAUGGCAGUGAGAGACACGUCAGUCACACCCAGCAACAUGUGGGGUGGCCAGGGGCUGCUGGGCGUCAGCAUUCGCUUCUGCAGCUUUGAAGGAGCCAAUGAAAAUGUUUGGCAUGUGUUGGAAGUAGAGCCAAACUCACCUGCAGCCCUGGCUGGUUUGAGGCCUCACGCUGACUACAUUAUAGGAGCUGACACCGUCAUGAAUGAGAGCGAGGAUCUGUUCUCCCUCAUUGAAACCCACGAAGGGAAGGAGCUGAAGCUGUACGUCUACAACACAGACACAGACAACUGCCGCGAGGUGGUCAUCACUCCAAACUGUGACUGGGGUGGCGAGGGCAGUCUAGGAUGUGGGAUUGGUUAUGGCUACCUACACAGGAUACCCACGCUGCCAUUUGAAGAGGGCAAGAAGAUCAGUUUCCCCGCACAGACUCCCAGUGAACUCGCUCCCCCACCUAAAGAUGGAUUCACAGAGGUCCACCUCUCCGCUGUCAUUCCAACCCUUCCAGUUGUUGUGUCGUCUUCUGCAUCAACUGGAUUACAGCAGUCUCCUGCCGGCUUGUCGGUCAGCUCUAAUCUGACCUCUGUCCUUAGCAGUGUACAGACAGGAGCUCCUGCAGUUCCACCGCCCAGCCAUGUGGCCCCCUCACAGAGCUUUCCCCUGUCUGUCAAUCCUGCUCUGGCAACAACAGGCUUAAUGCCCUUACCCAGAGGUCUUCCACCGUUUCCUCAUUUACCAAACCUUAAUAUCACCUUGCCAGACAUGGGCCAAGUGUUGCCACCUGGAGUUGGAUUACAACAUACAGAUCGUCCACUCCUUCCUCCUCUCAACUUCCCCGGUGUGGUCCCUGGUGUUACUCUGCCUCCAUCUGACUUUGUUCUCCCCCCCUUCACACCUAAAGUAGCUCCUGCUGUCACACAGGAUGCCACAUCUCCCUCUUCCACUAUCCAAAUGAACAAGUCCCUGACCACAACCCCAAUCCCAUCAUCAGUGACCACCUCUGAAUCAAUAAAUAUCACAAUGUCUGUAGACUCGUCUUAGCAUAGAGCGCUGUUUAAGGUUAUCAGUUUGCUCUCAAGCCUUUACACAAUAUAGGCCAUCAAUUAGCUGCACCACUCAGUUGACAAAUUGCACCUACACACUGUUAAAAUUGUUGUACGAGAGCUCCAGUAUCUUGAGGAUCCUGGAAUUACGCUGCUGGUCUUCUCACGUUCAGCAAAACCCAAGUUUUCCUAAGAAAUAGCUGUCAAAAGAAAAACAUCCAGGCAGCAGCAGUCCUGCACCUUUAGAGCAGUUUGUUGAUGGACAGUGAAAGGAAACUUACAAGAAUCAUUCAAACCUUCCAACAGAGUACAAAUAUACACUCUGCAGCAGAACCACUUUUUAAAAAUAUUUCACAUCUCAAUCAAAGUAAAAAGGUGUGUUAACAAAAGCUUUGUGGAUGUUUUUAAACCUGGUAACAAGUGUAAAAUAUGUGGGGAAGAGGGUACUUACAAAUGUGAAAGUCAGUAUCUUUGCACCUUUCUUUAAGGGUCAAACUAUUUACGAUGGGGCUCUAACUUAUACUACUGGGGAGUUUUUUUUAGAUAAGCAGGUUUGCUUGCUGCUGUAGCCAUGAAAUAUUAAACAGUUUUGGUUUUGUACAAAAAAUAAUUUGUAAAGUGAGUUAUUGUUACCUUAAUUAAACUGAUGUAUUUUCUCUA